AUGUAUGUACGUGUUUAUCUCUGUCUUUCGGUAUCUAUUUAUAUAUGUUUUUUCGUAUCUAUCUAUCUAUCUAUCUAUCUAUCUAUCUAUCUAUCUAUCUAUCUAUAUCACAAGGGCUUACUAGAAUUGAUUAGCUUAUUUAUCCAAAACAUUCCACUACGCUUCUCAAUAGAAUUACAUUCCGUUUUUAUCUAUCUAUCUAUCUAUCUAUCUAUCUAUGUCUGUAACUAUCUAUCUAAUUAUGUCUGUAUCUAUCUAUCUAUCUAUCUAAUUAUGUCUGUAUCUAUCUAUCUAUCUAUCUAUCUAUUUCUAAUCAUGUCUCUAUCUAUUUAUGUUUUUAUCUAUCUUAUAUCUUUUUAUAUAUCUCUACAUCUUUAUCUAUCUAUCUAUCUAUCUAUCUAUCUAUCUAUCUAUCUAUCUAUCUAUGUCUGGAUUUCUUAUCUAUCUAUCUAUCUAUCUAUCUAUCUAUGUCUGGAUUUCUUAUCCAUCUAUCUAUCUAUGUCUGGAUUUCUUAUCUAUCUAUCUAUCUAUCUAUCUAUCUAUCUAUCUAUCUAUCUAUCUAUCGUUGUUUUUAUAUAUCUUAUAUCUUUAUGUUUUUAUCUAUCUGAUUAUCUAUCUAUCUAUCUAUCUAUUUCUAGAUUUCUAAUCAUGCGUAUAUCUAUCUCUCUAUCGAUGUUUUUAUAUAUCUUAUAUCUUUAUGUUUUUAUCUAUCUUAUUAUAUCUAUCUAUCUAUCUAUCUAUCUAUCUAAAUACUACUCUUUCCGUAGCUUCUCGUGUAAGUUGUUGCCUCCGCGAACGAUGCUCUGUAAUACCAAUAUGCACCAUUUUUUGUCUAUUGCCUAA